AUUUACUGUCACUGAUAGCUCUGAGUAACUUUUUGAAGACACAAUUUUUAAAUUGAAUAUUUUUUUUAUUAAACAUAAGAAUUAAAGUUAAUAUAACAUUGAUAAAUUUUAAUCUGAACUAUUUUGAUUUUUUUAAUCUUCAAUUAUGGUAGAGAUAUCAAAAAUUCCAUCUUCUUUUAAUAAGAUGGAUGUAAAAUCUAAGUCUAAAGUUAAACCAUCUCAUCCACCAACUUCAAAAAUGGUUGAAACAGCAAUUUUUUCUCUAAAAGAUCGUCGUGGUUCUUCAUUACAAGCUAUAAAAAAAUAUAUUGUAACCAAUUAUAAUUUAAAUUCUGAAAAAAUUGCACCUUUAGUCAGGAGAUACAUUAAAUUUGCUAUCUCUAAAGGAAAACUAAUUCAAACUAAAGGCAAAGGAGCUUCAGGAUCAUUCAAGCUACCAUCAGCAAAUCAAAAAGUUCAAAAUAAAACAAGUAAAACUUCAAUCACAGAUAUAGAUUUAAAAAAAAAAUCUAAAGUGAGUUCUACUAGAAUUAAUAAAUCUGUUGCCACUACAAAAUCCAAUAUUUCGAUUAAAAAAUCGAUUACCAAAGUUUCCAAAUUAUCAAAUAAACAAAAAAUAGAACAAACAAAUAAAAAGGAACGAAAAACACACGAUAUCCAAAGAAAUUCACCAAAAGAUGCUAAAAAAAAUAAAAUAUCUAGUACAGCAUUGAAAGCGUCAAAGUCUAAAAGAAAUUUACGAUCUAAAACUUUAUCUAAAGCAAAAUAAAUAAAAUAUUAUUUAUAUAUAUUUACUUUUUUUUAAGUUUAAUUAUUUCCAUGUUCAAGAUCUUCCCAAUUAUUUUAAAACCAUCAUUUAUUUAUCACAUUCAUUCAUGUCAAUUAUACUAAAGUAAUUAUGUUAUACGAAAAUAGU